GACACGCCAGUCGUUAAUUCCGCAGUUCUGGGCUUAUUCUAUAUUCCUAUUUUAUCUUUGUUAUUAAUGUAUGUCUGUAUAAUAAUUUAUAAUUAUUUAAUUAUUAUUUAUUAUAUUAUACACUUACAUUAUUUGUGAAUAAUAUUUAGAAUAAAAAGUGUAUAGUACUGGUGCAAUGUAUUGGAGUAUAUAAUAUAUUUUAUAAUUUAUCUUUUUUAUUAUUAUUAUUAGUUUACACAAAUAUACCUAAUAUAAAUUAAUGUUAACAGUAAAAUAGAAAAAAAAUCAGUGUUUAUUUUUAAUUUUAUUAUGUGAGUGGGUGUAAAUGUUGUAAAUGUUUUAAUUUAUAUUACUUUAUUAUACUAAUUGUCUAUUUUUAAUUUUAAUGCGAAUACAACGAGAAAUUUAAAUUAUGAAUGAAAACAAAAAAGUGAGGAAGUGUACAAAUGAUGCAAUCAAAAUCAUUCUAUACGUGGUUUUUAUGACAACUUUGUUUCUAUUAUAUUUUAGUGAUAAUAACAAUUAUGAAAUUGAAAAUUCGAUAGUUUACCAUUCUGCUGAAUACAAUUCAUACUAUAGGAAUGUCAUCAAAACUGAUAAUAAUACAAAAAUAUCAAUAAAAAUUGAUGAUAGCGUGAAAGAAGGAUAUGUCGUGUGGAAUGACAAUUGCCGAAUACCUAACAUUAGUGCCUACGAUAAGACAAUUAAACAUUUAAUUAAAAAAAGCAAUUCCCCAAAGUGUUUUUCAACAUUGCCAUUAACCAGCGUUAUCCUUGAUGCAGAUAAAUGGUCUUACACUUUUAAAAUUAACCAUAGACUUCACUCACAAAUUUUAAAAUCAACUGUUAAUUGCUGUUAUUCGCCAAUUGUUAGAAAUGAACUUAAAUUCAAGAAUAAUCCAAAAGAUGACGAUCGUUACAAAGUUGAGCCAAAAUGUUAUCCCAUAAACGAUUCAGAAAUAAUUCCCAAGUCAGUCGAAUAUAUGUUGGUAACAUGUGAAUUGAGACCAAAUGGUGAUAAAUUAAAAUCGACGGUUUAUAAAGACAUUCAUGCAAUGGUAAUUGAUAAAGGUCAAAGGCGAUUCCGAAAUGCAGAUAUCCCAGAUAAACCCAGCGUAUUAAUAAUAUCCAUAGAUUCAUUGUCUCGCUUAAAUCUCAUACGAUCAAUGCCUAUAACAUAUCGUUUGUUAGAAACGCAUGGAUUUAUGUCACUUGAAGGAUAUACCAAAGUUGCCGACAAUACGUUUCCAAACGUUGUUCCAAUUUUAACUGGCAUGUUUGUUAAUCAAAUGACUAAACGAUGUUGGAAUAGUCCCAAAGACGAGAUGGACGAAUGUCCAUUUCUGUGGAAAGAUUUCAAAAAUCGAGGUUACGUUACGGCGUACGUGGAAGACGAACCCAGCAUGGGCACUUACAACUUCGGCAAAUACGGAUUUCGAAACGCGCCGACGGAUUACUACUCGCGGCCUUACAUGCUGGCGGCCGAGCGUUACUUGCCGAUAGUCAAGUACGACGGCAUGAACUUCUGCCUGGGCCCGCGAUCAGCGCCCGACCGGGUGUACGCUUACGUGGAGGACUUUGUCAAAUUGCACAGACACCACGGGUACUUCGCCGUUUUCUGGCUUAACACGUUCAGCCACAACGACGUGAACACACCGUCGGCACUGGACCAGCAGACGGCGGGCGCGUUGUCCAAGUUGCUGAACGACCGUUUGCUGGACAACGCUGUCACUGUGGUCCUCAGCGACCACGGGCUCCGGUUCGGGACGAUACGCGAGACGCAUGUCGGCUGGCUCGAGGAUCGGAUGCCAGCUUUUUACGCUCGCCUGCCUACUGGAUACGUGGUCGCGCGACCCAGCCACCGCGCUGCGUUGGCUGCCAACAAACACCGAUUGACGUCGCCAUUCGACCUGCACCUAACGCUCAAGCAAUUGCUGUUUCAGCAGCUUAAUGACGACAAAGAAAACAACAACAGUAGCCUACCGGCUGCUGUGGCCGAAGGCUGUCCAACUUGUCACAGCCUGUUCCGUCUGGCCGACUCCAACAGGUCGUGCGAACAAGCGGGCAUCGCGCCACAUUGGUGCACGUGUGACGAAUACGAAGAACUAGACCGACGCAGCAGGAUGGCAAUGGACGGUGGCAAGUACGUGGUGCGGCAGUUGAACGCGCUGCUUUCAAAGUACCGAGCGAUGGUGCGCAAGGGGUACGCUUGCUCAAACUUGUCGCUGAGUAAAACAGUGUCGGUCCGAAGCAGGGUGAACCGGGGAAACGGUCGCCGAGAGUACUUGUUGGUCGUAGAAACAUUACCGGGCCGGAGCAUGUUUGAGGUGACCGUCGGACAGGAAGACGACAGCGGCGCGUUCGGAAUGCUCGGCGACAUAAGUCGCAUCAAUAUGUAUGGGUUUCAGAGCUACUGCACGGAUGACUGGAGACUGAAAAAACACUGUUAUUGCGUGAAAAAAAAUUGGAAGUCUGCUGGCAGUUAGCGGCAGCAGUAAGUUGCAUCGCUCUGACUUGAAGAGUGUAUAAAAAUUAUUUUUAUGAGAUCCUAUAAUCAAUAUAAAACAUUUAAAUAUUCAGGUACGCACAUAUUUUCAUACUGUUGCACUCGUGUCCUUAUUAUAUUGUUUUUCGAAGACUUGAGUUCGAAUACCUAGGUGUCUAAUUAUAUAAUUUUGCAAUUCGUAUGCAACUUAUUGAGAUUGUGUGUCUCCUACAACUCAUUGUGGAACUAAGUAUUAAAAAAAAACUAUUAAAAGAAUGCCAUAUCCAACAUAUCCAUUUGGGAUAUCCAUUAUCCCAGGGGGUGCUUUUAGGGUGGGCAUAGAAGUCAUGGCUCCCUAAGACAUCUUACUCUUUAUUUUGUCAAAUAUUUUCAUCAAUUUAAUUAUGUUUAAUUUGUAUAAUAUUAAUGUAAAAAAAAAUAUUCCCCCCCUCCCCAGAGAAAAAGCUAAAGCCGUCCAUACAUUAUUCGCAUAUUAUUAUGUUGCCUUCGUCUUAUAAACGUACAACAUAGACAAUUUGUUUAUAUAUUAUACAGUAUAAACAGACGACAGACUGUUUAGACAGUCAUAAUAUUAAUAUUAUUCAGUUUAAUCAACUCAUAUUAUUUAUAUUACCUAUAUUUUUAUUUUAUUUUUAUAUUUAAAUACCUACUUCAUAUAAACAUAUUAUACGAGUAUAUUACAUAGUAGGUACCUUAGUACCUAUUUAUUACACCAAUCUAUGAAAAAUGAAAUACAUAAACUUACAUAUAGAAUUGUUAGGUAAAUAAAAAAAUUACUGAUGCAUUUUUAGUUUAUUUAUUAUGUCAUCCAAAUUAUUAACUUUUCGAGUUUUAGAUAAUGAAUGUUAGGUUAGGUGGAUACUGGAUAGGGUGACAGGCUGGUUAAUGGUUAUUGUCAAACAAUUGUCUUGCAGCUACAAAGUGGUGGUAGCCACAAGCCGGAAUGCUGGAUAUGAGUGGAUACUGGAUAGGUACUAAAUAUUUAGGUUUAAGAUAUUUAUAGUGGGUACUGGAAAGUGUUAUUUAUAAGUGUUGUGUACUUGUUAAUGGCCUUUUAGUGUUUUUUUUUUUUUGCUUAUCCGUAUUGAAAAAUAAUCAAUUUAAAAAAUAAAUAAAAUAAAAAUGUAGUGUUUUAAAAUUAUUAUUGAGACCAUCUCGUUUUUUGAAAAUAAAAAUUAUGUUAAGGUUAGUUAAAUUGUAUUUUUAAACAAAAAAUUAAAUCACAAUAAUUACAUACACAUAUAAUUUUAUGAAAUAUUACAGUGAACAAAUAAAAUAGAAAAUAAUAAUUUAAAUACAAAUUUAUAAUUUUAUAAGGUAUAAAAUAAAAAUAUUCAAAAUUUCAAAUGAGUAAAGUAAACAGUAAACACAAGAAUACAAAUUUUAUUAUCAAAUUGAUAACAUAAAAAUAUUGAAAAAAAAAGUAAACAAAAACUUAAUCGCCAAUCAAAAGCUUUAAAGGACUGUAGUAUUAUGUUUAACCACCCGAUAUCGGUCAAUAAGCUAAUGGAAACAUAAUCAUCCCUUUUUUGCUUUACGGACGUUUGUAAUACAGGCUGGAACAGUUUACGAAGCGUUGAAUCGUAACCGGCAAAUAACCGAUGAUUGUAAUACCGGGCCUUAAACUAAUAAACUAUGUUGUUAUAAAAUUAUGUCAAUACCGUCGUACCCUAGGUCUAUAUGAAUGGGUUCGUGACAUAGAUAAAUAAUAAAAAUAACUUAAAAUUUAUUUAAACAUUUUGAAAAUUUCAUUGUAUACAUGAGUUGUAAAUAACAAAUCAAAAUCGCGAAAUAUUUUAAGUCCCUACAAAUAAUAUAUUUUGAAUUAUCUACGGAAAAAACAAUUAAAGUCAAUAUUUUCGUUAAAAUAUCAAUUUAUUUUCAAAAUUUAAAUUUAAUAUAUAAGUAUGGACAGUAUAGUAGAACAGUAGAAGUUAUACUUAAGUAUUUUGAUUACUGUUACAGUGUUACGAUAUCUUAGAAACACUUUCAAAAUUUCAAAUCCACUAGGUACUUACUUUAAUUCAUAUUUUUUGAAAAUAAAAAAUUUAAAAUGAUAAUGGGUAAAAAUAUUGAUGUUUUUAACCUCGUAGGAAACUUUGUCUAAAUAAUUUUAUUUUUUAUAUUUCAAAAAUAUAUGUAUUUGUGCAUAAUUAAUGUUAAUUGUUAAAAUCUGUAUCUAUUAUCCAUUAUUUGAAUUUAUUUGUAUAAUUAAUAUACCAAAUUAUAUUGUUGUAGGUAAUUGACAAUUGACAUUAAAAUUUAAAAAGCUAACGUUAAAUGGAUAUCACUUUAUGCUAGGUACUGAUUUAUUCUGUUUUUCCGUUCUGACAAAUUGAUUGUGUUUGACGUUAAGUAUAAAAAAUAACACUAAAGUAUAUUUUAGUAGGUAAUUGGCUAUAAAUUAUAAUAUACAUCGUAUAAGAUGAAAUGUAGAAGAUAUUACAAAAUAUAAUACGAAUUUACGUGGAUAACUAAUAUUGACCAGUGCCCAGUGGUGAUGUUGAUGUGAUAUUUUUUCUCAACGAGAAACCGUCCAAACCCCAUUUUGUCAGUGUUAUAUAGGUUGGUAAGUAUAGUAAUGCCAUAUGUCCAUGCAACACGGACAACUUAAAUUUUUAUAAUGCGAAAAAAGUUGAGUUUUAAGGCGAUUUUGUUAUUUUUAGUAUAUUAGUAUAGUGAAUUUAAAUGUUUGAAAUACAGUAAAUUAAUGUUAUGAAUGUAUUAUAUUUAAGUAGGUAAUAGGUAUCUAUUUAAAAUUGAUUAUAAGUGACAAAAAACUGUGAAAUUAUGUAAUCAAACACUUAAAUAAGGAUUAAGUAUUAAAAUAUAUUAUGUGGGUAACUACUUAA